GGCUGAGCGAGAGAGAGACAGAGAGCUGCUAGUAUUAGCUUCCGCCUCCUUCCCCCCUCCGUCUCUCUCUGGCUUUGCUAGCCGCUCCGGAGCUCGAAACCCUCGCCAUUUGGCCGCCGCACGCCGAACCCUAAGCCCCCCCCACCUACCGCCCGCGACCCCCCCCGCGUGAGGACUCCUCCCGCGCCGCCGGCCCUGGAGCCGAGGGACGCCGAUCCCGAUCCGCCCCCACUGCGCGCCGCGCCGAUCGAGGCUACAGUACAGACAUAUUACAGCUUGAGUAAAGUCUCAUCAGUACGGGACAGUUCACGCUUUCAAGGGCAUUAGACCUGUAGGGCCUUUGGAAAUGUCACAGUUUCACCACACACAGCAUGGCGGUGAUAGUGAUUUUCAGAUGUGGCAACAGCAGCAGAUGUACAAGCAAUUGCAGGAGUUCCAAAGACAGCAACAUGUACAGCAGCUUGAUCAUGGAGCCAGGAUGCAGACCUCUUUCGGACAGUUUCAAGCAUCAGCAAAAGCAGUGCCAGCUGAUCAAUUGCCAGCGAUAUCAAAUGAAACACCAAACAAUGAGUCCGCGCCUUACGCAUGGUCACAUAAUUUUGCUAGCGGUGACCCAAGGUUGUCAAGCAACCCUCAAAUGUUGAAUGCUAGCAGUAACACAAAUUGGGAGCAGUAUGGUGGUGCUCCUGGCACGGGCAAUUUCAUAAAUGGUUCAGUAUUUCCGAACACUCAAAGUCAACCGAUGAGACCGAUGGGGUUGGCUACACACCAAAUGAACCAUUCCUUUUAUCCAAUACCUGCUACUAGCAGAGGUGGGUCUGGAAACCAGUACCCCCAGUUCUUGGGGAUCCCAGCUGAUCUCCAGAAUGCAAUGACAAGGGCAGGUACACAUCAGUCUGAAAAGGCAUCAAGGCCAUUUAGCUCUUUAAUGGAUGAACCCGGUUCACAAGAGAAAGGUGCUUCCAGUUCUAUGCAGAAUUUCCCUGGAAAGGGAGGUUUCUUUAGCAACAGUUCCUUACAAGGUCAAGGUGCUAGUACCAAGGCAGGCAGCCCUGUUCCAGUGAAUCAUCUACGACAUGGUUUUCAACUCCAAGAUUUUCAUGGUAGGCCAAACCAAGUUGAUUUUCAAAUGGGCAUGCAAGAGAAAUCAACAAUGCAGGUAGGGCCAGCAAGUGGUGGGGCUAGCCUUGACCCUACUGAGGAGAAGUUCCUGUUUGGGGAUGACGAGGAUAGCAACUGGGGAGCUUUGUUGAAGGGAGACAAUGAUCAUGGUAAUUCUUUAGAUAAUAAUAACUUUGGCGGUGCUUUGCCAUCUCUGCACAGUGGGAGCUGGAGUGCCCUUAUGCAGGAAACACUACAGUCUACAACCAGCAACAAUAGUCCUAAAGAAGAAUGGAGUGGCCUGGGUGUGCAUAAAACUGAACAGGCAAUUGCCAACAAUUCAACUUUACCAGGUCGUGACCAGAGUAAGCUUGUGGCAUUAAGUGCAACAAACCUACACAAUGCACAGCCUUCGUCAGCAUCUAGCUAUGCUGAUGGAAGUAUGAAUAAUCCAGAUUUUGCUAGCUUUCAGCAUGCUACAAGAACUCCUUAUGAGCAAAGAGACAAAGCGCCACAUGAAUCUUCUCGUGCUACCGCUACCGACCAUCAGUCAGCUGCAGAAGUCAAUAAUGGAUAUAUUCAGCAGAGCAUGAAGCAAAAGCAAUCCGAGGAAUAUGGAAGACAAGAUCAGGUGCACUUAUCAAAUGGCAAUUGGGCUCAUCAGAAAUCUGAAAUGCCAAGAAAUAAUUCACACUCAACUGGUGCACCGUCAAGUGCACAUGGAUUUUGGAUGUCGCAACAAAAUGCAGUUGAUCGUAAUAUCAACCAAGAGUCCAGUAAUAGCCAAAAUGACUGGAAAAUCAACAGUCCCCUGGGACAAGACAUCAGUAGUAGUAACCAAAAUGUCUUUAAUAGUGAUGGAAACUUUUGGAAGCUGAGUGGUGGUAAUGCAAAUUUAGCCCAUAGGCUUCAGCAGAUGAAGCCUGAUGUGCAAAUCCCAAAGGACAGUUCUGAUGGCAAAGGUGUCAGUAUGAUGGGCUCAAGCAUGCCAGCAAUAAAUCCAAACCAGCACCAGAUGGUUAUUGGUCGAACCGGUGAGCAUGUUGGAAUAAACCAUAAUAUUUCACGUAGGGGUUCAGAAACCUCAGAAUCACUAAGGAGAAGUGCAGAGCCAAGACCGAAUGAUGGCAGCCAGGAGUACCAGACUGCAAUACACACAGAAAGGCAAGGGAGCAUCUUAAACCAUGGACAGCAUGUGAGCAGCGACCUUGCUGCCAGGAGGCAUUCCUUCUUUGCUGGAAAGGAAUCCCAAUCUUUAGGUCAAUCUAGCCAGCAAACAACGGGAUCUUACAUGUUGCAGAAUCAUGCAAUGGACAACACAGGGGUGAACAUUAGGCAUUCUCCGGGUAAUCCAGUUUCCAAUAAUCAGUUUCCACCUCAGUCACUUCAGGCACAAAAUAACAUGAAGCCUCGGUUUAUCACCAACUCCCAGGUUGCUGGCAAUAUGGCUUCAGUUAAUGAGAAAAUGCUGGCCGGUGAUGAGCACUUUAAAUCCCGACAUGGUGUCCCUAACAGUUCCAGUGCAUCACCCUACGGAGGAUCUGAUGCUGGUCUGUCUCAAAACAGAGCAGUUCAGAACAGUCAACAUAUGCUUCAACUUCUUCACAAGGUGGACAACUCAACAAAUAGCAAUGCAGCUGCAGACGUGCCCAGCAGUUCUCUUGAUAAUGUUGCUACUUCCCAGCAACAAUUUAGUCAAUCUUCUUUGCAAGGAUUCGGAUUAAGAUUAGCACCACCAUCCCAAAGACAGUCAACUUCAGAUAAUUUAUGGUCUAGUCAGGGUAAUGUUGAUGGCAAGCUUGCUGAACACUCAGCAAGGGGAGAUCACCAGCUACCUUCCGCUGCUUCCCAGUAUUUGUCACCUGCUCUUCCAAGCUCACAACCAACACCAUUUCACUCUUCAGAAAUGGGUACUGCUGGACAGCCAGCUGGACAUUUCCCCCAGUUAACUCCAGGCCAGCAAUAUCCUGUGCCAGACGCAAGAUCUGGUUCUGUAUCCAUGCCUCAGCAAGGCAGCUCAGCAACAGUGUUCAAGAAUGUUUGGACAAACAUAUCAGCGCAACGUUUAGCUGGUAUCCAAUCUAACAAGAUUACACCCAACAUUCUGCAGUCUAUGAUGUUUUCCAAUAACGCUUCAGAUUCCAACUUAUGGGGCUCAAAGAAGGCAGACGACCAAGGACAGAAGGCAUCAACUCCAUCUGAUGCUGCCACGAGUUCUGCCAAUUCACAUAGCCAAGAGACAAAACAAGCUGUGGACAGUGAUGCAGGGUUAACCUCUUCUGAGAUCGCAAAUUUUGAUUCGACUGGUGCUACUGUAUCCAGAGGGAAUCAACCCCUGCAGAAGCAUUCUUCAGACGUGAACUUUGCCAUCCCUGCUUCAUCCUUGGCUCAAUUGCGUCAGCAGGGCAUCAUGAACCCUAGACAAGGAGAGAACCCUUUAGCUAACUUUCAGGUUAUGAAUACUCACAGUGCGGGAACUAAUGGUAGUGGCAUUGGGCUACAUGGAAGCCCAAUACCUUCGAACAUCACGCAGCAAAAUUUCUCUCUGCUGCAUCAAAUGCAAGCAUUGGGCCAUGUGGAUAUUGAUCCGAACAAUACAACUGGAAAGAUGCUUAAACAAACCGAGUCAGGUUCUGAUGCAUCGCACAUUGACUGGAAGUCUGCUCAGAGGUUUGCACAUGGAGCCAAUAAUUCAGUCAAGUCGUCCAUAGAUAACAUUAACGGUGCUAGCGUCCAAGGGUCAUUCCCUUCAGACAUGAAAAUGCUUAGCUUUGCUCCUAGGAACAAUGAGGAGAGAAGUACAAGCAUACCUUCCCAGAUACCUUCUAGAGAACUUCCCUCUCAUGGUAUGGUUGCGCGGAAUGAUCAUCAAAGUCAAGUUCAAUCUCUUGGGACAAAUGCAGCAUCAAAUUUGAUUGAAAGAAGUGAGAGACCUGGGAUAAACCCUCAAAUAGCACCUUCUUGGUUUAAUGCGCAGAACCGUUCUGUGUUUAAUGCGCAGAAGAACCUAACACCACCACAUCAUGUUCCAAAAGCUUCUUGGUGCAUGGAAAAUAACUCCCCAGAGCAUAGAGCUGAUUCUGGCCAGUCUGUUAGGCCUUCAGUGCCUUCCAGUAUGAAGGCAGCUAUGGUGAGAAGGCCAAAGAAGCGCAAAUAUACAGAAUAUGCCCUUGUUUCUUGGCAUAAAAUCACUGAAGGCACCCAAAAGUUGAGAAAGAUGAGCACGAAUGAGAUGGAUUGGGCUUGGGCAGCAAAUAGAUUAAUUAAGAAGGCUGAGGAUGACUUAGAAAGUUUGGAAGAUGUCCCUGUGCACUAUUUACCGCGCAAAAGGUUAAUUAUGACCACACGGUUGAUUCAGGAAGUUUUCCCUGCUAUACCAGCAACAGUUCUCAGAGCACAAGCUAUAUCAGCUUAUGAAAGUGCAACAUUCAAUAUAGCUAUGGUCACACUAAGGGACUCAUGCAUCAUCUCAUCAGAUAACUCUCGUGCUCUUGCAGAUAAUGAAAAUAACCCAUCUGAACAAAGAACAAGUGCCAAGCAAAUGGAAGACAAGUUCUCAAAGGUUGUGGAAGUCUUUGCUGGAAGAAUCAGGAAAAUGGAAAAUGACUAUCUGAGCUUGAAUAUGAGGGCUUCGAUGCUGGAUAUGCAUCUGGAGUGCCAGGAUUUGGAAAGGAUUUCUAUUGUAAAUCGAUUGGGAAGAUUCCAUGGCCGGAACCAUGCGGCGGGAGUCGACCCGUCAUCAGUUUCACAGAUGGUUCCUCGCAGAAUCUUCCCAGAUAGACAUGUCAUGUCUUUUGCUGUGCCUGGAAAUCUUCCUGAAGGGGCGUUCUGUUUGUCACUCUGACUAGUGCAUUGAUUUCUUGCAUUGUUCUUCGACUUCUCAGAUGAGUUGCACCCUGUGAUUCCAAUGCUCUUUUGGCGUCAUAGAGAACAGUCGGGUCCAGGGGUUAUUUGGAAAUCUCAACCAUCGGAUGCCAAGAGGAUGAUGCCAAGGGUGUCCAGCCGAUCAACUCAGUGGGGGCUGAUGUUGUUUUUCCCUUGUAUCAAGUAUAGGUCCCUGUAUAUUGUGGAAAAAGUAAGGGAAAAACCGUGGACCUCUGCAUCAUUUUUCUGAUCAAGGAAGAGUAUUAGCUUCAUAAUUUGUUAGACAAGUCCAUGCUUACUAGCUUAGUACAUCUAGCGAAAAUUUUCGCUACUUGUCAUCUUUUUAUCCAUGAUGAUGAAGUGUUUGUUGGCAGGUUAGAGGGGUGAAUAAUAACGAGAGCCUCCCUCUGGGUUCCUUUGUUCCUUUAGGAUGGGAUGCAAAAUUGGCUAGUGCAUGUGUCCGGUCGAACUGACCUCCCCUUGUUAGUCAGCAAUUAAUUACUUGUGUUAUGUAGUAGUGCUGAAAGCAUUCAUGGAACGAACGGCGGGUGAGGUGCUUGUAAAACUGCUGUUGUAAUUUUAAUCCCCGCUAUGUUGGAAGCCCUAAUGGGUUCUUGUAAAUUUAAAGUGCAAUUAUUACCGAGGCUAGUGACUUGCAUUUUUCAUA